GAUAGAAUCGAAUGUGUGCGAGUGCGUUGCUUCUGAGUUCUGACAAAGACAUAUAUCUCCAACAAAGGCAGCAAGAAAAUAAAAGAAAUCUUCUCAUCGUUUUUAUCACAUGCCUGCCUGCCCACACUUCUAUUGUCCUUGAGUUUAGUUAGUCUUCAAAGAGAGUUUCUCUUGGUUUUCUUCUCCAAUAAUAAUAUUUCCAGGGUUAUCCUCAUAUCUGCAAUCUUCUUGGUAAAGAUUCAUCUUCCCAUUUCUUUUCUUCUCUUCUUUGAGGUCGAUUCUGAAAUUCAUCAUGCACAUGCACUGGAUCAGAGAAACUUGUCUUUCUUUGAAUCCUGGCCUCAGAUUUGCUAUCCAUUCCACCUUUUGAUAAAAUAUACUUACUUCAGACCUGUUAUUUUAUUUUUAUCUUUUGCUCUUUUUGUUCUGCUAUAAAUUCAGUAUUAUGUUUAUUACACUGUUGAGGAACAUCAUGUUGAUCACGGUUUGACUUUAAAAAAAUAAACAGAGCCGCGUGGACUUUUUUGGAAGUCUAGAGAGCUUUUGUCGUAGCUUCUUCCAGACAUCACAGAACUUGCGGAGAGAUAGAAAAGAAGUAAUGGGAAUAGGAGUGUUGGGUUUGAUACCAGUUUCAUCACCAGACAGUCUAAAGAAAGUACUUCAAACACUCUCGGGGAAAUGGGGAGACGUAGUGGAAGAUCUCGAGAGGAUUCAGGUGAAACCCAUGAAAGGUGCAAUGACUAACCAAGUUUUCAUGGUGAACUGGCCCACUAAGGAUAACCAUUUUCACCACAGGAAGCUUCUUGUUCGAGUUUAUGGCGACGGAGUUGAUCUCUUCUUCGACAGGAAAGACGAGAUUCGUACGUUCGAGAUUGUCUCUCGGUACGGCCACGGUCCUAGACUCCUUGGUCGGUUUGCUGGCGGUCGGAUCGAGGAGUUUAUCCAUGCCCGGACUUUAUCGACCGUUGAUCUACGUGAUCCGCAACUAUCUGCUCUCAUUGCAGCUAGACUAAGAGAAUUUCAUGGUAUAAAGGUUCCUGGUGAUGGAAAUGUGCUCCUUUGGGAUAGGAUGAGGAAUUGGCUUGGACAAGCCAAGAGUCUGUGUACACCUGAAGAUUCAGCAGAGUUUGGUCUAGACAACAUUGAAUCUGAGAUCAACUUGCUGGAACAUGAGCUGCUAUAUGAGUAUAAGCAGCAGGAGAUUGGGUUUUGUCACAAUGAUUUGCAGUAUGGUAACAUCAUGAUUGAUGAAGACACCAAUUCCAUUACUAUAAUUGACUACGAGUAUGAAAGUUCAGGGACUACCAAAUAUAAGAACUAAAACACAAGAUACCAAGAACACUUUCUUGUAUAUUAGAAAUCUGUUAAACAAUCUUCCUAGAUCUGUUUAAUCCGAAUUACUCUCAGUCACACACGACUAGAGACGGACCAA